ACAACUUAUUAUCAAUGAUUGUAUGUUGAUUAUGGUUUCUGUUUGGUAUAAUUGUACAUAAUUUCUUACUAAAUAUACUCAUACAAAUGAAAUAUAUUGUUAUCUGUAUAUAAAAUUGAUCAUUAACUUAUGCUGGUAUAUGCAGACUUCCCUACACAUUGAAUUAACCUUGAUCUAAAAAUAGCGUGCUAUGUCCCACAAUGCAAUUCAUGAGUGAUAGCUGAUAAACUCUGCAUAGAGAAUGUGGAGUAACUAACCACAUGGGCAGUGUACAAUGAAUGGGUCGUUCAAGUGUAAGAGAAGAAUUAGAAUUUGUACUGCCGUAAAUCUUGCAACCGGUCUGUUGUUCAAUGUCUGCAAUCAAGAACCAGUCAGCAGCACAACACCAUGGAGUUGGCAGUAGUUGUGGUUUCCCUGGUAACCAAAGCGGCAUAGGCAGUGAAGCUAAUGCAGAGUUGUUCAAUGUGUCAGACCGAGAUGUGGGAGGCGGCCACAGCUUGGACUUCUCGGGCCUGAUAGCAGAGACAGAGGCUUCGAUGCGUGGCAAGCUGUCCCAGCUUACUAUGCCCGACACCCUGAACACGUCCAACGAGGAUAUAGAACAAACAAUGUCCUGCGAAGAAACAAAACAACACCCGUCCAUUGAAGAAACAAAACAAGCCGCGCCUGCUGGGAUGAAUGAAAAGUGUCCACCUUCAAUGACACAGGAUGACAUCAUUGUAAUGUCUGUUGAAAGCAAUCAAACCAAGGCUGACCUGAUGAUGUCUCUGACCAACACUGUGAGCGAGGCGAUGCCUGUCCAAUCAAAACCUAGCGAGACAGCUGACUUAACCAAUCAGAAUGCAGGAAUGGUGAAUUCAUCAGCUGCAAAUGGGAGCCAGACUAUGACUGCAACCUUUUCAUUGACUGGACCAAAUGUAAUGAAUAUGGCUAAUGUUAAUAGUAUGGGAGGGCAACAAACAUUGCCAGGAAUACCAGGGACUAAUUAUCUACAGGAUGGAGUACUACAGAAUAGGAACGUCAUCUGGAAAGGUAAUCUGGAGUGGCAGGAUGAGAAUACACCAGGCCCUGCUGACAGAAUCACCCGCAGUCUCGCCUGCAUGGUCUCCAUUGGCAAAUCAGAGCCUGAUCUAUGUGCCUCUGGUUGGCCCUCUGGGCUGACGAUGCAGGUGAUGCCAAAGGACUUGUUGAACUCACCACUGUUACAGUCCUUGGUUAAGAACAGUAGAAUGGUGGAGUUCCACUUUGACCCUGAUGACCUUCAAAACCUGCAUAAAGUUAUGAGUGACGACUUUAGUGGCUGCAUUCACCUCCCACAGUGCAAGGCCAAUGACAUCCAGGUCAUACUUCUCCUGUUCUCCAAGGGUCUUGAGUCCUUUGUGGGCCUCAUACCAGGCGACCAGUCUGGACUGGUACACGGCCUCAGGCAGGUCAUAGCUCAGACAAAACUGGCGGUUACUAAAUCUUCCGAGAAAAGUAAUGAUUUCAAAGAUGUCAGUCACAAUCCUGAAGAAAACAGUAGAAUGACUCAAUGCGAUACUGAACAAUCACAGGAAGCUGAGUCUCUGACGUUCACAGAAGAUCAUCAAAGCAAUGCACCAUGUCCAAAGCAAAUGAAAAGUUCAAUGAGCAAUUUUGUCACUAUCAUUGAAAACCCUGCAGCAGUGGCUGAGGUUGAUAAUAAGAAAGCAAAAGAUGUUGAGAAAACAGCUAAACUGAAUACCAAUGCAAGUGAAAGCAAGUUAGAAAGCAGUGGAAAAAGUGAUGGUGAGGAAGAAAUGGAGUUUGAAAUUGAUGGUAAAGCUGCAAACGCGAAUGUGGACAAAGUUGAUGCAAAUAUUGGUAAAGAUAAUCUUGAGAACAAUGAAGGUGAUGGAACGAAAGAAACAGAUCUGAAGCAGAACUCUGCUACAAUUGUGGACUUAACAUGUGUUGAUAAUGAUGCAUCCGUGCUUAGUCCAGGGAGCGGAAAACUGGUGAUAAAUGUUGAUUCUACAGAAACAGAGUCACCAACUGUAGUCCACAAAAUUAAUUCACCCUCGCCUAAAGCAGGUUUGUUAACAAAGAUAAAAACAAGUUUAGAAAUAUUGAAAAGUGUGUACAAAAAUGUGAGUAAAGACUUAGAUAGCAAUAGAGAACAAAGUAGCUCAGAGCACACAGGUAAUGAAAGUUUGAUCCUUGAAUGUGAACAUGUUAUUGAUAAGGUAAUGGUAAAUGAGAUGGAAACUGAUGUUGAAACCAUAGUAGAUCAGCCAAUUGAGUCACCAUGUAGUAGUUUCAAAGAUAUGGAACAGACUGACCUUAGUUAUAAAGCCAGUACAAAGUCAUGUAAUACUGUCAAUGCAAAUAUAAAAGCGAAUCAUAUGUUGGAAGCUGUUGAAAACAAUAUAGAUGAAACUGAUAUAUCAAAAACGGAUGAUGAUAAAGUAGAGGAUACUACCUUGGAUAUGGAGAGCAGUCUAGUUAUAACGAAUGUUAUUUCCCUUGCUGAUAUUGAAGAUGAAAAUAUUGAAGAUAUUGAAACAAGUGAUACAGCUGCACAUUUGAACACUUUCAAGGAAACAGCUAAAACCUCUGCAGAAACAUGUGAAGUAUUAGAUACAGGAAAGAGUCAAACUCAAGAACACGCAAAUGAAGAUGAACUUUCACAGGAGUCUUCCAAAAGAAUGGAAAUAAAUGAGCCAGGGAACACUGUUGCUGCAAAUGAAAAACAGAAUCCAACUCAAAGUUCACCAAAACUGCCAAUUGUUGAAAACAGUACAACAUUGUCACAGCUACCGAGCCAAACAAAAAGUAUUGUUCAAACAGAACAAUCAUCAGCAUCCACGACGCUAUCAACAGCAACCUUUCCAGCAAUACCCCCUAUGAGCAGUUUAGGUCCUGGCGUACAGAAUGUUCCAUCCACUUCUCAGACAGCCCCUGUCCCUUCAGCAGCCUUGACAGCAGGAGCCACACGGCAGGUUCAGCUGACAAUCCCCUUGAACAUACUGCAAAGGCCAGUUGCUCCAGUAACAGUGAAAAGUGAGCCAGCUGAUGAUGGUUCUUACAGCAUUGAGCAAUCUAUUACAAAGUCAGUAGGAAAUAGGCCUUUAGAUGUAAUGAAUCAGGUAACAAAUACGUGUUAUUCAGUUACAGGCCAAAACUCUGAGCCACUUUAUUCAGGUGUUGUUUCAAGAGUAUUGAAACCAACAAUACGUAAAGAAAAAGUCACAAUUCACAGCGCUAGAAAACUGUUUACAAAUGCUGUAUCUAAUUCAACAAAAGAUAUACAAAAGCUGAUGAUGACGAAAGUUUCCCCACCAGUUCCAGUUGCGAAGCAGAUUGUUGCUGCAGCACAAUCUUUUGGUCCAAAGAUGGUGACCCUGUUACCAGGGAAAACAAACCCCCAGCCAGUUUCAGCUGCUUCAAGACCAAUCAUGCCAAAACCAAAUAAUAGUCCCGGGUCAUCAACUAAACCUUCAGGCGCAUCUGAAGCAAGCACCAAUAAUACAGAGGCCCCCGUGGACAGGAUGCAGACAAUCAAUAUUCAUUCAGUGGGAGUUGCUAAAAUUACAGAGUUGAUCGCACGCAAGAAUCCUAUCCAGCCCUACAAGGCGCAUUUGAAUGAGAAAUAUGGGACAUCUAUAAAUUACGUGUGCCAUGAAUGUGGAGACGUCUUUAAGUUGGAGAAGAGCCUGGAAAUCCACAAAGGUCGCUGUAGCAUGAAACUGAGGUACCAUUGUGAAAACUGCAAAUCUGGGCUUCUCUUCACGAACAAGUGUCAGUUUCUGAGUCACCUGAGAUCCCACAUGAACAUUGCCAAGACUCAGGCAGUACCUAUCCACAUCAAGUCAGACUCUAUUGAGAUUACUUCCUAUUAUCACGAAAUUAAACCUGGCCAGGAUUUUGAGUGGUACAAACUUGAGCCUAAAUAUUUGUGUCCCUUUUGUCUUUGUUCUGGGACAGAUCAUGUUGCAUUUCAAACGCAAGAACAGCUGGCAGCUCACUUUAAAAAUCCCACCAAUAAUAAUAAACGUGAAAUGGGUUGUUCACGAUGUUCUUUUAGCACGUAUUCAGAUUGCGGACUAAGAGCCCAUGUUGACAUUCAUAUGUUUCUGGAGGAGAAUCAAUUAGGCAUGCUGUUAACCAAACUCAUUUGUCCAAAAUGUGCAAAAUCAUUUUCACCGGAAUCUCCAAAUGUGCCGCUCAAUGAAAGGAGUAGCAUCCGAGAAGAGUUUUCUUCACACAUAAACGCAUGCUACCUACCAUCAGUGAUGAAGGACACCUUUAGAUGUCCAGAGUGUGUCACUGGAAGCAUCAUCAUGGAUGAGAACACUGCAUUGAGGCAUCUGUGCAUUAAACUUGAGAAAUACUUCAAAUGUCAGCUGUGCCCGAUGGCUUUGAAAACCUUGAGGAACUUUGAUUAUCAUGCUAAAAAUGAACACCAGGGAUGUGCCAAGACCAAGCUGAUAUUUCGCUGUCAUAUCUGUGCUACAGUCAUUGAUGAUUGUAAGUAUCUGGUCAGCCACUUGCAGUCUCAUCUGAAGGAAAUGCAGAUUGAUAAAAAUGGCAUCUUUGGUAACUAUUGCGCAAUAUGUGGUCUGAAAGAUAUUUCAAAAGAGGAGGCUGUUAAACAUUUACAGAUUCACCAAGAGUCUACGCAGAGUCAAAUUAAGUUUUGCAAAUUUUGCGGACAACUUUGUUCAACCCAGAGAUCCUUACUAAGGCAUGUUUUAGUGUACCAUAUGAAACGCACUACUUCAAAGACAGUUGACCUUGUGAACUUUUUAUGUACAAAAUGCGGAUUCUUCCAACCGAAACAAGAUCAUGAGUGUUUUCGUGCAAGCAAAAUGGUCACAGAAAGCUCAGAGUCUACUCCAAUUAUGAAUGCCUCUACUCCAAUUCAGAAUUGCUCUACUCCAAUUAAGAAUGGCUCUACUCCAAUUAUAAAUGGCUCAGCAAUAAAUGUUGAAAAGAGCUCCAAUGAUUUCCAACCAAUCGUCUGCCGACUGUGUAAAGCCUGCUUCCUAAAUGGACAGUCAAUGAAGAAGCAUAUUAUGACAGUCCACCAGGACAAUUUAUUCUGUCUGCACUGCCCAAAGAUGAACUUCAGUAAUUUUGGUGAAUACAGGAGCCAUGAAAUAGUGUGCAAAGCUGUGAAGAACUCUACUUGUGUUGAGCCGUUGGUCCAGCAAAAACUGCCAAAAGAAUCCAUGUCUGCAAAGAAGAGAAGAAAUGACGAUGAAGCAAUGAUUGAUGAAGAAAUGGAAAUAAAGCUCACUCCAGCAGUGAGCAAGAGGCCUCUAGUAAAUGAAACAGAGACACUUUACCCCUGUGAUAAGUGUACACUGAAAUUCUCCCGCAAGUCGAAGCUGGAUGAGCACAUAAACUCUGAUCAUGGUAUUCAUCCGUGUCACUUGUGUGGCAAAAUGUACGGCUCAACACGUGCUGUGAAGAGACAUUUGAUGAUGGAUCACGAGGGCAAACGAUUGCAGUACCCUUGCUUGAUAUGCAGGAGGAAGAAAAUAGAGAAGAGCUUUGCCAUUAAGUCGAUGCUGUUCAAGCAUUUGAGAGCAAAACACAAGGUGAAGGAGAUAGAUGAAUCCAAGGCGAUAGCUGAGUUGCCAGGUUUGCCUGAUGUUGCCUGCGACAAGCUAGAGGACAGGGAAGAGGGCUACACAUCACCAGAAUCCACACCGGAACCACCGAUCAAGAAACUAAGGGUUGAUGGGGAGAAUGAUUUCAAAUGUGCCAAGUGUUUGUUCUCCUCGGAAGACAAAGGAGUUUUUCAGAAGCAUAUUGAAGACCAUAAAACACCUAACACUUUCCAGUGUCUGAAUUGUGGCCUGUGUUUUUCUGUUCUCCCAUCGUUGGAGAAACAUCUGUUCAUGGUGCACAAAGUGCGGAAUUUCCAGAAGUAUAUGAAAGAGAACCAGAUAGAGAAUCCAGCAGACCUUGUUGAUGUUGAUGAUGAGAUUGAACGGGAGCCGGCACGGAUGGAUGUGGAAGAAGAGUCUGAGUCAGAUAUAGAAGAAAAGAACCCCCUAGAGUGUCGAGUGUGCUACAGGGUGUUUGAGAACGAGGCUCAACUGAGGGGCCAUAUGAGGGUUCAUGGAAUGGCCUUCAUUAAAAGGUCCAGGCGGCGGAGUCAGGGGCCUUCUAUAGUCAAAAAGAGGGCAGAGUCUGAGGAUAGGAACUGUGAAAGGAUUGGUGAAAACUUGGUCUUGAAGAUUACAAAGAAGAUUAAUGCAGUGGUUGAGAAGUCAGGAUCUGAUAGUGGGAAGGAAAGGCUUGGUGUUAACGGAGAAGAAACCGAACACACCGAUGUGUAACUCAUGAAGGCAUUGGCCCAUGUAUCCCAUGAUCCAACUUUUCUUAUGUUACAUCUGAUCCAAAAAUGGUUAUAUUAAGAAAUCUUCAAUUGCUGUAGAAAUGUUACUGUUGCUUCAAAUUUGGUGAACACGAUUUUAACACCUCUAAACUUCAAUUAAGGACUUGCUUAGUGGAUACAUGCUACUCUCUAAAUGGAUGAUAUAAAGUAUAAUGUGGUUGGUUUUUCAUACAGAUUUGUCAUACCAGAAUCAUAUGGCUAUUUUGGCUGAUUUAAUAGCCAUUGUUUGGUCAUAUUACCAAUGGCAAAAUGUUCUCUUUUUUAGCUCACCUGAGCACAAUGUGCUCAUGGUGAGCUUUUGUGAUCGCCUUAUGUCCGUUGUGCGUUGUCCAGCGUCAACAUUUGACUUGUUAACUCUCUAGAAGCCACAUUUAUUGUCCAAUCUUCAUGAAAUUUGGUCAGAAGAUUGGUCUCAAUGAUAUCUUGGAUGAGUUUGAAAAUGGUUAUGUUUGCUUGAAAAACAUGGCUACCAAGGGGCGGGGAAAUAUUUUUCCUUAUAUGGCUAUAGUAAAAUCUUGUUAACACUCUAGAGGCCACAUUUAUUGUCUGAUCUUCAUGAAACUGGGUCAGAAGAUUUAUCCCAAUAAUAUCUUGGAUGAGUUCGAAAAUGAUGCUGAUCAUCAUGAAACUUGGUCAGAAGAUUUGUCCCAAUGAUAUCUUGGAUGAGUUCGAAAAUGGGUUUGGUUGCUUUAGAAACAUGGCCACCAGGGGCGGGGCAUUUUUCCUUAUAUAGCUAUAUAUGGCUAUAGUAAAACCUUGUUAACACUCUAGAAGCCACAUUUAUUGUCCAAUCUUCAUGAAAUUUGGUCAGAAGAUUGGUCUCAAUGAUAUCUUGGAUGAGCUCGAAAAUAAUUAUGUUUGCUUGAAAAAUAUGGCUUCCAAGGGGCGGGGCAUUUUUCGGCGUAAGCUGUAUUAAGCCAGCUUUUCACCUUAGCCUGACCUUUGUAAGUGUCCAAUAAAAUUCAAAUAAAAUUUCCUGCAGCUAGGUAUGAAUGAAUGCACUUCAUUUAUUCCAUUGGCUGAUUUGAGUAUACCACCAGAACAUUGGAAACAUAUUCGCGUCUUUGUAACACUGUUUUACUGUAUGAAACAAUUUUAUCUCUAAUGAAAAGGCUUAAUAGAUAGAACAGUUUUACACUCAAUUCUCGACAUCAAUACAGUUUGUGCGUACACCUUUUAUUUUCAGAGUAUUACCAGCGCAAAAGCGUUUAUACUUAAAAGGCUAUGUUCUCAUAUUUAGUACUUACUUUCAUAUUCCUGUGAACAUGUUAACAUGUAAAAGUAUAAAGAGCAGUGGAAGCGAGACCUCACUUUAAAGCAUUGCAUUUCAACCCGCGAGGUUUCGGGUCAAUUCGCGGACAUUCAGAGUUUACAUACAGGUCAUCACCGGAGUUCGCGGCCAGUAAAAUAAUCGUUAUAUAAUAAAGACGCUAUCCGUGAACUAGGUGACCUGGAAUUUUCUUUAGACCAGAAAUAUGUUAAAUGAAGAUAUUCAGCAAUAUAAUUAUGGUAUGUCAAUAAUAGAUUCUUAAUGUGUUUUCAACAAUACAAUGAUAAAUAUUAUUUUUGAUAAAUUUAACAAUAAUUAUUCCACCAUAUUGCCUAAUGUACUAAAGUGAUAUUAUGAGCAUGUAACAGUUUAUAGGUGUCUAUCGCAACCGUUGAUUAUUUUUGAUGUUUCUACUUCAUAUACACUUAUAUUAAUUAAUGCAGCAUCAACAUACAAAAACAAUAUACCAGAAAGAGAAAAAUAAUGCAUUUGAAUAUCAACCGUACUUUCGUUUGACAACUGAUUAUGCGUUUACGAGUUGAACCUAAAUUUAGUUUUAGUGCAGAUUUGUUCAUAGGACACAAAGACACAAUAUUGUUUUACGGAUCAUUUCGGCUUACAGGACUGGGUGGGUCACGUAAGAAUAUCGAAUAUAAAAUAUAUCUUUAUAAACAACUGGUAGCAAGGUGAGUUGCAGAUAAUUGAUCAGUAACCACAUUUUAACUAACUAUUUUGACCUGUUAAUUCUUUUCAGCUCAAUUCAACAGUGCAAAAUGCCCAUAAUAUCACUUUAACCAUGAGCACGAUGAUUAUCGAUACUGUUAAUAAUCGAAUCAAAUAGCAAUGCCCGACAAACCACUAAAACAGGUUUGUUCGAAGAACGCGCCUAUAAAUACGGAUACUUCUCGUGUGGCCGGUUGACUCAUAUGUUUAAAUUUCACUUCCAUUCUUCUUUUGGUUUUCUGUUUUGUAUCUAUAGGUUUAUGACCAGCAAUAUGUUAUAAUGUAAAAUAAGCCGCGAAAACUCCGCGUAACAUCCCGUACUGCGUGUGAUGCAGCUAAGAACUGCACAGAAAAAGACAUUCGCUAUCCAUGAUCUCAUUCAUUAAACUAUUUACGCCGUAUAUCUUUUUUAAAGAUAUUUCUUGUUUCUAAUAUGGCUAUAGUAAAAUCUUGUUAACACUCUAGAGGCCACAUUUACUGUCCGAUCUUCAUGAAACUUGGUCAGAAGAUUCAUCCCGAUAAUAUCUUGGAAGAGUUCAAAAAUGAUGCCGGUUGGUUGAAAAACAUGGCUGCCAGGGGGCGGGGCAUUUUUCCUUAUACGGCUAUAGUAAAACCUUGUUAACACUCUUGAGGCCACAUUUAUUUUCCAAUCUUCGUGAAACUUGGUCAGAAGAUUCAUCCCAAUAAUAUCUUGUUAUCUCAGGUGAGCGACUUUGGGCCUUUCAGGCCCUCUUGUUUCAAAAUCCAAUCUCCAAAUUUUCCAUUUGAUGGUUUAAUUUUCAUAAAUUUUGAAAUGGAGCUGUUCAGUAUAAAAAUAAAAAGUUGCGAGUUAUUCAUUUAAUUAAUUGGUACCCUAAUGUUAAAAUUUAAUUCAACCAAUUAUACUUUUUAUGCCCCCGGAUCACAAGAUCGGGGGUAUAUUGUUUUUGGCCUGUCUGUCAUUGUGUCAGUCAGUCAUCGUGUGUGUCACAAAACUUUAACCUUGGUUAAACUUUUAUAACUUUUGCAAUAUUGAAGAUAGCAACUUCAUAUUUGGCAUGCAUGUGUAUCUCAUGGAGCUGCACAUUUUGAGUGGUGAAAAAUAAAGGUCAAGGUCAUCCUUCAAGGUCAAAUAUCAUUGUUUUUUUCUUUCCUAAAACUUUAACCUUCGUUAAAGUUUGGUCAUAACUUUUUUAAUAUUGAAGAUAGCAACUUGAUAUUUUGCAUGCAUGUGUAUUUCAUGGAGCUGCAUGUUUUGAGUGGUGAAAGGUCAAGGUCAUCCUUCAAGGUCAAAGGUCAAAUUUAUGGCUUCAAAGCGGCGCAAUAGGGGGCAUUGUGUUUCUGACAAACACAUCUCUUGUUAUAUAUUUAAAGUAAACUGAUGAUAACAUUUUAAGUUUCACAGGUAUUGAUCAGAUUCAAAAAAUGGCAAAAAAAGGCCCUGUAACUUACAUCAUUACAUGACCAACAGAGACUUGUAUUAAACGUGAAAAUGUUAGAAAAUGAAUAUUAAGUAUGUAAAUGCAUGUGUAUAUUGUCUGUUUUAUGGUCAGUAAAAUUGUGUUUGUUAGUUCUUUUUAGUGUUUAUUGAUUGUCAUAUCGUCGCUGUCGUUCUCAAACCUCGUAGCUACAAAAUGCCAACUUUUCAGGAGAGAGAAAAAACUGUCUCAUUUUUUUAUAACGAUGUUUAAGAAAUUGAAAUUCUGUAAAAAUACCAAACAAAUGAAGCUGCAAAAUACGGUAUAAGCCGUAGACGCGUAAGUCAUACUGAUAAGUCAUACUGACAGUCAGACAUGGUAGCUACGAUAUUUUGUCACCACAGUUUUGUCAUUUUUAUGAGGUACGACAAUUCGUCCUGAUAGAAAACCUCGUAGUUGCAAAUAAAAAAAAUUAUAAAAACGUUUUUGUCAAAUUUGUCCAAACGAAACGACGUACCUAUAGGUGAAAUGGCGUCGCUACGACUUUUCGCCGGGAAAAAAGCCGACAAUCAUUCUACAACAUUUCGUCACGUGGCUUUUUCAAGGGCUCUGAUUGGCGUAUAGCUAUGAGAUAUAGCACAAAACACGCGCCAGACUUCAUAUAUUCGGAAAAGACGAAAAAAAUAUUUUGAAAAUUUUGGAGCUACGAGGUUUGAGAACGACAGCGACGAUAUGUUCUGUACAUACUCAAGAUAUAUCACUUUGUUCAUUUUUUGACAAACCUGUUGUUUAUCACUUAUCUUAUGCGCACAAGAACAACUAAUACAAUUAUGUAUGAUUUUCUCUAUCGAAUGGGAACUACAAAGUGAAAACAUGGACUUGUGUGUAUUGUUUUUUGUCAAUUUAUAUGUAAUUUGAGUGUCAUUUGUUUACAUGUGUACAACUUUGACUGUUGUUGCAAUUUUUAUUCUAUAUGCAAAAUAUUUAACAUAUAUUGAAAGUCAUGAUUGUAGUUACAUUAACAAAAAUGUUUUGUUACUUAUAUUUGUAUUGAUAGGUCUUUCAUAUUAGAGAAACAUCUACCAUUAACAAUGGUUGCUGGUUUUAAAUAAUAAAUGAAUUUGCUAGGAUUUUAGUUUCAUAUUCAGUGUUAAUUGUUUAUCACUCCAAAAAGGUGAUGGUAUUUGUUCCAUCAGGUAUUUCAUAUUCAAUCAAGAUUUUACACUUUCAGUAAUAAAUCAGGCAGUUUGCUCAGUUCAGUUAAGAACAUACAAUAACACAUACAUCUACUACAUAUAUGUGGAAUUAUAUUACAUUAUCAGCCGCCUUUGUUUCUGUUAAGGUGAUUUAUACAAUACUGUAUGGUAGUCAACUUAAAUAACUUCGAACUGGCACAAAUCUGAUAAACACAAUUCUAUUUAUUUUAUAUAUGCCUUAUAAAGUUCCAACUGUGAGGUGAGCUAUUGUGAUCAGCCCCUGUCUGUAUUAGUGCGGUGUGGGUCAUCAGAUUUUAGUUUGUUAGCUCUCUAGAGGCCACAUUUGUCAUCCAGUCUUGAUGAAACUCUUUCAGAAUGUGGUUUUAAUACAUUUUUUGGUCUUUGUUUGAAUCUGAAUCACAUCCGUCCGAAAAAAAGCUGACCUGGUCAAAUUAUAGAAAAACCUUGUUAACACACAAUUAUGACACAAUAUUUAUAAAAGAUUGUCAGAAUGUUUAUCUUUACAAUAGCAAGGCCGAAUUCAAGUCUGGGUCACAGGUGUCUAAAAACUAGGUCACAAGGUCAAAUCUUUAAGAAAGACUUGUAACCACCCAAGAGUCCACCUAAUAUGACACAGUCAAUUCAAACCUUGGUCAAAAUUAUAAUUUUGAGAACUGAAGGCCAUGUUUGAAGUUUGGAUUAGUGGGGUCAAAAACUAGCUCACCAGCUCAACAACUAAAUAAUAUUGUCUGUGAACUCAGGUCAGUGUUUAAGUGCCAUUAUUGCCCUCAAACAUUUGUCACAAAGUUAGGCAGGUUUUACAUGCACUGAUUUUUACAUUUUAUAGUCUGUACAAACGUUAAGUGUUACUGCUCUUUUUUGAACUGUUGUAUAUUUCAUAUUAUUUCACUAAUAAAUUACAGACAUAAAACAUU